AUGCUGCUAGGGAAGAUGGUCCUGGUAAUGACGACGACCCUGGUGCACCUUGCGGUUUUGGGAAGCGGCGCGCUCUUCGGGAGCUGGCGCGUCGAGGACCAGGUGGUGGAGGAUGCGGAGAUUCCGGACGCGACGUCAACGUUCCAGCGGCGAGGGGGCAAGGCCCGGCGCUACUGGGGCAAGGUCAACCGAGGCGUGAAGAGCUUCCGGAGAAGAAGGGAGAUGCGCCGCCUCAAGCACCAGACCGGGGCGUGCGACGUCACCGGAGCGGGGUUGGGGGGCGAGAAGUGCCCUCACGGCGUUACCGUGGAGGAGUACACGGACGACAUCAACAGAUGGUCGGCGGAGAAGGUGCAGAGACGAAGACUGUCGCGGGGAGAGGACGCCAAGGUGAACAUGCUCAUUCUCAUGUCGGACACCGGCGGGGGGCACCGCGCGUCGGCCCAGGCCCUCGAGGCAGCCCUGGAGGAGAUGUAUCCCGGGCGCAUCGCCGUGACGAUGGUGGACAUUUUCACCGAGCACAGCCGCUGGCCGUACAGCGCAAGCGUUCCCGCAUAUCAGUACGCAGCGAAGAACCCGUUGGUGUGGCGAGCGAUGUACGAGUACGCCCGCUUCCCGCCGACGCGAUACCUCAACGGUAAGAUGCUCUCCUUCCAGAACUUCGGGCGGUUCAAGGAGGCCAUGCAGCGGUACUCUCCGGACUUCGUCGUGUCCGUGCACCCGCUGUGCCAGGACCUGCCCCUCAAGGUCUUGAACGCCAUGGGUCCACAGAGAACACGGCAGCUGCCCUUCGUGACGGUGGUGACGGACCUCGGAGGAGCGCACCCGACGUGGUUCAACAACCAGGUCGACAAGGUCUUCAUCGCCUCCGACGCUGUCAUGCGCGUUGCCUUCCGGGAGGGGCUCAGCGCGGCACAGCUUGGGCUUCCCAUCCGCCCGGCCUUCUGGAAAGACCCCCGGCCUUCGUUAGAGCUGCGGGAGGAGCUGGGUCUGGAGGCCGAACCCCCGGUGGCGAUGGUAAUGGGCGGGGGCGACGGGGUGGGCGGCAUGGGGGCCAUCGCCACUGCCGUGAUUAAGACCCUGGCGGAGGAGCUAGAGCGCAGCCAGGUGGUGGUGAUCUGCGGGAAGAACGAAGUGGUCAAGCGGGAGCUCGAGGAGGCCGACUGGCCCAGCAACACCCGCGUCAUCGUGCACGGGUUCGUGUCGAACAUGGACGAGUGGAUGGGGGCGGUGGAUACCCUGGUGACGAAGGCGGGGCCGGGGACUAUCGCGGAGGCUACGAUAAGGGGACUGCCGGUGAUGCUGAGCGGCUACCUGCCCGGGCAGGAGGAAGGGAACGUGCCGUACGUGGUGAACGGCGGCUUCGGAGCGUACAGCAAGAACCCCACGGAGAUCGGCGCGACGGUCGCCCGCUGGCUCAAGAACCCCGAGCUGCUGCAGAAGAUGAAGGACUGCGCCCUCCAGGCCGCCCGUCCGAGGGCGUCCUACGACAUCGCCCGCGAGAUCGCCGACAUGCUCUUCGUCGACGAGGACGGCGGUGGCGGCGGCCACGGCGAACCAGAAGAAGCAGUAGUAGCAAAUAGCGGUGGCUGGGCUGGGGCUAUGCACACGGCUAUGGGAGGGGGUGGGGCAUUGCAGGACGGGGUGGAGCAGGAACAGCAGGCGAUGAUGGAGACAGCCGGGGGGUUCGGGUGGGAGGAAGGCGGCGGAGGCGGAGGCGGAGGCGGAGGCGGAGGCGAGAGGGCUCCCGAGCGAGUGAAAGUGCCGGUGGGGUGA